AUGCUAGUGGAUGCUGCUGAAAUUGCUAAGGAUUUGGAGAUACCACCAACCUUUGAGGCAGAACCACGAUUACGGCGGAGAAAAAAGCAAUUUGCAUAUGAAGCUGAAGAUGAGCCUGUGCAAGAUCCAAAACAAAAUUUCAAAGUGAAUUUUUUCUUUGCUAUACUUGACACAGCAAUAAGGUCGGUUGAAGAAAGGUUUGAACAAAUGAGAACAAUUGAAUCUGUAUUUGGUUUCUUAUAUCAUAUUCAUGGUCUACAGAGUAAAACUUCACAAGAAAUAUUGGAAUGUUGCAUGAAACUAGAAUCUGCUUUACAACAUGGUGAUAACAGAGAUUUAGUUGCAUCAGAUUUGUGUGGCGAACUACAGUCUAUUGCACGACGACUUUCUGAAGAAACAAAGUCUCCUCAAGAUGUUUUUUCGAUUUAUUCUUUGCCAAAACUUGGAAGACAGUCUACCCAACCUUUAUAUUGCUCUUCGUAUUUUGCUGACAUUACCUGUUUCUGUCGCUAG